CAAAGUCAAUGCAAGCUACUGUCCACUGUCUCUACAUGCUCAUCCAGGAGGAGUGAAUGCUGCAAGUAACUGACUCGAUGUAAACCGGUUUCCUUAGAAGGAACAACUUUUUAAUCAAUUUGAAUAGUAAACUGAAACUGACAGUUGGAAUGUAUGUACUUGACUUGGAAUCUUUAUGGUUUAAUUAAAUCGACUUUGUAAAGUGCCUUGGGACGACAUGUGAUGGGAAUUGGUGCUAUAUGAAAAUGAACUAAAACUUAACAAAUAUAAUAACUUUUAGAGAACAUGUUUUAUCAUUGACAGACAACUGUAGUCCCUAAAACUGGUCCAUAUGGAUGCUAAGGAGAGGAGUACUGCCGCUAGAGGGCGGAAGUGGACAAACGCCGCCCGUUUUCUACCAUGAGCUCAAGUCAGGGGCAGUCCCUGAUGGAGGAGGGCCGUCAUGUCUGUUUCCCCAUCUCUUUGUAGGCUGAGUCAGAAAACCACGCCGCUCUAAAUACCACCUUCAGAUACACCGUGGACUCCUUGUGGCUGAGCCCGGCCCGAGCAUCAGUCAGAGCCCGUCCCGAACCGCGGCGGACAGAGAGAGGACAGGUGGCAGCUCGGGAGGUUUCGCGGAAGAAGAAGGCGGAGGAAACAACUGAGGCAGCGCAGAGAUGUCAACGGUAAAAAAGAGAAACUCCAACUCCUCCGGAGGCCGAGAGGAAGACAAGCAGGUGACCGAGAGGAUGCUGUCCGCCGAUUCCAGUCCAGCCGGGACACCGGGAAGCGAGACCAAGAGCCCCAGCACCCUCUUGCCGGCAGAAGGAGCGGAGGAAGGGGUCGCCCUGAAGAGAACCAUCACCCUGGUGAACGGGGUGGCCAUCAUAGUAGGCACCAUCAUCGGCUCAGGCAUUUUCGUUACGCCGACCGGUGUGAUUCGGGAGGCGGGCUCGGUGGGUCUGUCUCUGGUCGUGUGGGCGGUUUGCGGGGUCUUCUCCACUGUGGGAGCGCUCUGCUACGCGGAGCUGGGGACCACCAUCACGAAGUCCGGGGGGGACUAUGCGUACAUCCUGGAGGUGUACGGCUCCCUGCUGGCUUUCCUCAAGCUCUGGAUCGAGCUGCUCAUCAUCCGGCCCUCCUCUCAGUACAUCGUCGCCUACGUGUUCGCCACGUACCUCCUGAAGCCCCUGUUCCCUGUGUGUCCGGUACCGGAAGACGGAGCCAAGCUGGUGGCCUGCCUCUGCAUCCUAUUACUGACCUUUGUGAACUGCUACAGCGUGAAGGCGACUACCAGAGUGCAGGACUGCUUCGCCGCCGCCAAGCUCCUGGCACUCGCCCUCAUCAUCAUUAUUGGAUUCAUUAAGAUCGGCCAAGGUGGUACAGAUGAACUUCUUCCUGAAAACUCCUUCAAGGGAUCCAAUUAUGAGUUCGGUAACAUCGGCCUGGCGCUCUACAGCGGCCUGUUUGCCUAUGGUGGCUGGAACUACUUGAACUUUGUUACAGAGGAAAUGAUUGAGCCUUACAAAAACCUUCCUCGAGCCAUCAUCAUCUCUCUGCCCAUCGUCACAACUGUGUAUGUUCUCACCAACCUGGCCUAUUUCACCACGCUCUCCCCUGAACAGAUGCUGAGCUCAGAGGCUGUUGCUGUGGACUUUGGUAACCACCACCUGGGCCCCAUGGCGUGGAUCAUCCCCGUGUUUGUGGGUCUGUCGUGCUUCGGAUCAGUUAAUGGCUCUCUUUUCACCUCAUCCAGGUUAUUCUUUGUGGGGUCCCGGGAGGGUCACCUGCCCAGCCUGCUGUCCAUGAUCCAUCCCACGCUGCUGACGCCGCUGCCCUCACUUAUAUUCACAUGUUUGAUGACGCUGCUCUAUGCCUUCUCCAACGACAUCUUCUCCGUCAUCAACUUCUUCAGCUUCUUCAACUGGCUCUGCAUUGCCAUGGCGAUCGUUGGAAUGAUGUGGCUCCGUUAUAAGAAGCCCGAGCUGGAGCGGCCGAUUAAAGUCAACAUCCUGCUGCCGGUGACCUUCGUGCUCGCCUGCCUCUUCCUCAUCAUCGUGUCUUUCUGGAAGACCCCAGUAGAAUGCGCCAUUGGCUUCGGCAUCAUCGCCACCGGGCUGCCCGUCUACUUCAUCGGCGUUUGGUGGCAGAACAAACCCAAGUGGAUGACGCAUGGCAUCUUCAUGACCACCAUCUGGUGUCAGAAGGUGAUGGAGGUCGUGCCUCAGGAGUCCUAAACGCCCAUCGGCCUUCUUCACUUCUACAGAAAGCGCCAACAGUGACCUUUGGGCUCUGACAUCAGAAUAGAUGAAGUUUGACCUCUGCUGACGUCUCUUACCCCAUUCUGUCUCACAUUAACACACACAUUCACACACACAUGUUGUUCAGACUGCUGAUCAGGACAAAAUCUUCAACGUUCUCUCGUUUGUACAUGACUGAGCUGAUCUGGACGUUGUUUUUACGUGUUUUUAGUCGCUACUGUUUUUGCUCUGCUGUGCAUUGAUUCAAGUUUCAUUAAUUUUGUAUGUUUUUUAGUAGUUUAGUUAUUUAAAUGUUUUCAGAUUUUAGUCUUCGGAAGCUGAAGCGAUGCAGGACUCGGAUGUUUGUGAGGACUUGGUCCAUCAACUAUUUCAGAUCCUUGUUUCAUAUUUGGUGUUGAAUGUCUGUCAGUCGCCAUGAUGCUAACAACCUCUCACUGACUCACUGUGGUGGAUUUUAGGCCUAACAGAGGCUGUUUGGUCUUCUGUGUUGUAUUACAUGUGAGCUUUCAUGCAGGUCAAUUUAAUGAGCCAGCUUGUUAAUCGUUUCGUGGGUUAUUUUUUUCAUAUGAAGCAAUCAUGUUUUCUGUUCAAACGCACGUUUCUCUGAGCAAACCUGCAGUCUCCUUGGGUUUCUCUCCCAACGGAACACUGAGGUCAGAUUGGGGUCGCUUUUUUUGGGUCUGGUUACAUUUUCACUGCGGUGAUCAAUACAUUUAACUUACUGAGCCUGGCUCUCAGUUACACCUCCACACCACUGAGAGGCAGCGUUUCAGACCGUAAAACUUCAACACAGUGUUAGGCUGGAGCAAAGAGCCAGAGCCAGAUCUUAUGUGUGUGACGUGGGGGGGUGAGUUUCUAUGAGUUUUGUUCUGUUUUUGUUGUUUUUUUAUGUAAAAUGAAGGCCUUUGCACAUCACAUCUGUAUAUUAUCUCGGGUUUAUUUCUUAAUUUUACAUUCUGUUUAAACUGAGCACAAAAACUCUUUGCGUGGCUGAUUUGUUCUUACUUGAUUUACUUAUGCUAGGCAAUAAAUCUUAUGCUGUUGGUAAACCUAUUUAUUUCCCGUUAAUUGGUGCCACAUUUGUACGGAAAAUGCAUUUCUGGGUUGAGCAGCAGCAUUGCCUAAAACUUGCCAAAUCCUCUCUGCCAAACAGCUAAGUCUACUGUUGACUCUGGAUUGGCUGUCUUUCUAUAAAUGCCUCUGGAGGAAUGCGAUGUUGUCCCACAGUAAUGUGUGACCAAGCUAGUGACCAGCAUGAGGAAGAGGUGCCAGGCUGUUGUGGUUCUGUACAGCUCUCCUGAGCACCACUGAGGCCAGAUUUGUUUCAGAUGUGUUUUCCUUACAAAUGUGUACCAUUUAAGGAAGAAUGAACAGGCUUUCUGACCGUGUGAGAUUUAUUGCCACAAAGCAUCAUUGAAACUAAGAAAUAAUGCACCAAACAAACACUUCCUGACUUUUUGCUCUCAGUUUAUAUUUGAAUAUUCAGAUCCAAAUCUAAAUUCAAGCUGAUUCACUGUGUUUCUCAGCACAAUGCACUUUAUAACAAAGGAUAGUAGCAAAGAAUGAAGGGUUGGUUUGAUCACGUAAAUUGACAUAAAUCUGGAAGAAAGGUGAAGCAAGUCUGUGUCUCCUUUUUUAUCUCUGUUUUUCUGCUGUUUUCCAGCUGAUUGAAUGAACCCAGUAUCACUUUACUAUAAGUGUUAUAUGCAUUUCAGUUACAUUUAACAAAUACAGCGUAGGUGUGCAAAGGCCUUUAAAGGAGUGGCAAGUGGAUGAAACGUCAAAGAGGAUUUUUAUAAUUUCAAACUGAUUAGUUGAAGGAGCCCUGUUUCGGAUCAUAGAAUCAGCUAUUAGUUUUUAUUUUUGGUUUUCUCUUUAUUUCAUACACGGUGACAGUUACUUUCAUAGCUGUAAUAUUAUUAUUAACUACGGGCGCCUCCUGACCAAACGUGUCACCGUAGAUGAAACAGGAGGCGUUAAGUCUUAGUAGUAGAAAACCUUCCUAACACUCCAGCCAUCGGAAAACACAAAGAAAUGAUGGCAGACUAACCUCAGUUAGACUGUAGAAACAUUUAUUUAUUUUUAGAUUCCUUUUAUUGUUAUUAUCCCCUUUAAUUGUUUACAGGGCAUUUUAUGAAAAGUGCUUUAUAAUAAAUUCCGUUUUUUCCAA